UGAACUUAAUCAACAAAACAUUGGCCGGCUUCUGUUCGGAGGCGGAAGUAGGAGACCAACUUGCCCUAGGAAUAAAGAUGGAGGUUAUCCCUUCCGACGAAACAACGGUAGAUACUGUCCUAACCAAAUGGGAUUUCAGUUGUGACUUGGAAGUAAAUUAUGAAUCUGAAAGAAAAGUUCGCAUUGUCUACUCAGCAUUGGAUGUAGAUAAGGAGUUGCAGCCAGACAAGGUAAAGCGCGAAAUGUCAGUCUCGGAUGGAAAGCUUUUAGUGCAUUUUGAGGCAGUAGAGCCAAGAUUUCUGCGGGCAUCAUUUAGUGCAUUUGUUGAUGUGCUGACUCUUGCCACGAAAACCAUAGAUGAAUUCGAUCAAGGAGUGGAAGUUUGACAUUUAUGUCCACUUGGAUCAAUUGUAUUAUCAAGUGAAGCAGUUUAAAUUUGUGUUCCAAAACAAUGCAUCAGAUGCGAGUUUCUUGUUAAAUCCCAUUUGGCUAUCGGAUUAGAGUUUCUGUUAUUUCUGUGCAAGUUUAUAAGAAGAUAUUAAAGAGACCCUUAUAAUUUAUCUUC